ACCCAGGAACACAUUUCAAAAGCCCCUGCUGGGUAUAUUGGUAAGCCACUGGUGCUACAACCACUGAGUGCUGAACAAUGGGGGACACUGGACCGUAUCAACGAGGCUUUGUUGAAAGAAUAUUCUGUUAGAAGACAGAUGUUAUUGACAAGGUGUAGCGUAACUGUCCAGUCUUUUAAAUGGUCUGAUAGAACCAAGGGUAAGGAUGAGUCAUUUACUAGUGUCUAUCAAUCAAAAUGGACUCCAUUGAAGGAGAAGGCUCCAAUACCAAUAGCUAGAGUACUAGCUGCUAAAAAUGAUUUAUUGAGUAUAGAGAGGACCAGUAGUGGCUCCGUUAGACAGAACACAGUCUCUGAUAUUAACAAGGUUUUGAUUGGCUCCGUUCCUGACAGAGGGGGCAGACCAAAUGAGACACGCCCACCACCUGAAAUGCCUUCGUUCAAGCAACGGACUGAAGCACCAAGAGAGAAGAGAGAUGGAGGAGGUGAUGGUAGAGGUGGGUGGGGCAGAGGAGGAGGAAGAGGUGGCCGUGUCCAAGGAGGUUGGUCGAAAGGAGGCGGAGACAAUUACCAACGAAGUUAUUCUGUAGACAGUUAUGGUGGUCAUUGGGGAGGGGGAGGAGAAAGGGGUGGAGCUUAUGACGGGAGCUAUGGAGCAUUCCAUGGAGCAAGCUAUGGUCCUAAUUAUGGAUAUGAUAAUUAUUCUGGAACCUACGGGAACUAUGGAGGAGGGGGAGGGGGAGGGUAUCAGAGAGGGUACUCGUAUGAGGAUAGAGGACCAGGUGGUGGUGGUGGUCAGUAUGGUAGGAGAGGAGGGCGGGGUUUUCAACACCAGCACAGCAACUAUUAUUAAUAAUAAUAUGCAUGAUUUAGUUAUUAUUGAUGACAUUUGCAUGUAUGAUUAAAGACAUGUUUUGCAUUAAUUUUGUUGUACAUUGUAUCUCAUGUAAUCUCAGUGUUGUUAGUUUGCUGUUACAAUUGUUCUUAUCAUAUUGACCUUUAUUCAUAAUA